UUAUCGUGCUCUUGCCUCGAUCUGAUAACGCGAGACGCUAGUAGAGCCGACCGUUCUGCGCGCACCAUUGCUGAUCUGCGACCAGGAGCGAUGGCUGCCUAUUUACGGCGAUUCUACCAUGCCCUUACGCGCAGGAAAAUGCUGCCGGAGAGCGUGGCCGCGCUGCUGGAGAACUCGCAGAUGGCCAGGGUGUUGACCACCCUCGACCUGACUGCCCUGGGAGUCGGCAGCACCCUCGGCGUCGGCGUCUACGUCCUCGCCGGCUCUGUCUCGAAAGAGACGGCCGGCCCAGCAGUGGUCAUAUCUUUCAUAAUCGCCGCAAUCGCGUCGGUGUUUGCGGGUUUGUGCUACGCCGAAUUUGGCGCUCGAGUGCCGAAAGCCGGAUCUGCGUACGUCUACAGUUAUGUGUGCGUCGGUGAGUUUGUGGCUUUCAUCAUCGGUUGGAAUUUGGUGCUCGAGUACGUAGUAGGUUCGGCGAGCGUGGUGCGGGGGUUGAGCGGCUACGUGGACAACCUCUUCGGCAACGUGAUGGCCGAGGCCUUUCAAGACCUCCUCUCCAUAGACGUUGCUUUUCUCUCUCCGUACAUUGAUUUCUUUGCCUUUGGACUGUCCCUCGUGUUUGCAGUCGCUCUGGCACUCGGCGUGAAGGAGUCUUCCAACUUCAACAACGUCUUCACCAUUAUCAACCUUGCGGUGGUGGCCUACGUCAUCAUUUGCGGUCUGUUCAAAGUUGACAUCGCGAACUGGUCCAUCGACAUCGACGAUAUACCUGAGGAAAACAAACCGACCGCCGGAAAAGGCGGAUUCGCGCCGUUCGGAAUUAACGGCAUCAUCAAAGGAGCCGCCACUUGUUUCUAUGGGUUUGUCGGCUUUGACUGCGUCGCUACCACAGGCGAGGAAGCAAAAAACCCACAGAAAGCAAUCCCGCUCGCCAUCACCAUUUCCCUAGCCAUCAUCGCUUUCGCCUACAUUGGAGUUUCGACCGUGCUGACCUUGAUGUGGCCCUACUAUCUGCAGGAUCCGGACGCGCCUCUGCCUUUCGUGUUCAGAGAGCUUGGCUGGGACAUUGCCGCGUGGAUCGUCAGCAUCGGCGCCAUUUUCGGCCUCUGCGCCAGCUUGAUGGGCGCCAUGCUGCCGCUGCCCCGCGUCCUCUACGCCAUGGCCAACGACGGCAUCAUUUUCCGCUUCCUGGGCAAAAUUCAUCCCCGCUUCCAGACUCCCUUUUUGGGCACUUGUUUGGCUGGUUUGCUGACAGGUAUUUUGGCGGCUGUUUUCGACCUGCAGCAGUUGGUCGACAUGAUGAGCAUCGGCACUCUGCUGGCCUAUUCCAUUGUGGCUGCCUGCGUGCUUCUCCUGCGGUAUCAGCCCGAAGGCGAAGAAGUUGAAAAGGCCGUUAAAUAUGGGCACAUCUCUUUCUUCUCGCAGCUUUUCAACACCAAAAGAAUAAAGUCACCCUCGAACAUGUCGGCUGGCAUCGUCACCUGGGGCGUCAUGCUUUACCUUGUUUUUGUUCUGGCCGCGGGGGGCGUGCUGAAAUUCGCAGAGGAGCCGCUGGUCUCAGGAGAGUGGUGGGCAAUCACCCUCAUGGCGAUUACUGCUCUUCUCUGCAUCCUCAACCUAGUGGUCAUUGGCCUGCAGCCCUCUUCCGGAGCAAAGCUUUUCUUCAGGGUACCACUGGUGCCUCUCAUUCCCGGUCUCAGCAUUUUCAUCAAUAUUUACCUGAUGCUUAUGUUGGAUCCUAACACGUGGAUCCGAUUCGCCGUGUGGAUGGCAAUAGGCUUCUUGAUGUACUUCUCUUACGGAAUCUGGCAGAGCGAGGAAAAUAAGAAGGAUAGCGGUAGGAGGUCUGUCAUCUACGCUCACACCAACGUGGCUUUCGAAGAUGACGAGGAGAAGGUGAAAAGGAGAAGUUCAGACUAGAUCGAGUUGUAAGGAAUAAGGAUGAAAAUAAAGUUACUAUUAUUUAAAA